CAAGCUCGUCCUAGUCGCCCUCAAGUCUGGAGGUCGCCCGUCGCAUCAAUGCCCUCCGCUAUCUCGAGUGCUCCGCCAUGCGCAACCGCGGCGUCAACGAGGCCUUCACCGAGGCUGCCCGCGUCGCCCUCAGUGUUAAGAAGGACCGCGAAGAGUCUCAGUGCGCCGUCAUGUGAGCGGGUUCGUAUCGGAGGGCAUGCGUUUCGCGCUUUCCGCAUUUCUCACUCCCCCACGGCCACGAUCGAACUGGCGGUCCUUGUUUCUGACGGGAUCGGGCAUCGAAAUACUAUUCUCAGUAUGGCACUCGGUCACUCGGAAAGGCGUCGGCGUUCCCACGGAUUGGUUCUUUCAACCUCGAUUUGCACACCCUUGCAUUGCCCGAUUACGUCUCUUUUAUUGCAGCCCGUCCAGCUCCUUGGGCAGACGCGACCUUUUUCUUCUCUUGUUUUCGACCACUCUACGGACUUGUGGUCGGCACGACUUUUCUCGAUACCUCUGGGCACCGGUCACAUUUGAGCACAAUUGUACAUACCCGUUUCGCUUCUCAAUGCACAUAAGGGGCUAUAAGGUUAGGCUUCUUUUCUCGUGGCUUUUAGUCCUGAUCGCGUAUACACAUGAACAGCAUGGCCACAGAGAAACAGCGGGCUUCGCAGGUCGCAGGUGGUAGGUGGAUGGCACAUGCGUGUGUUCUGGCUACUAGACUUCUCAGAUGGGGAUGGCAAAAGCAGUCAGCC